CACUUUUAUUUAAAAAAUUUGAAAAAACGUCCACUAUAUUUAUUAUGGAAUUUAAAGUCGGGCUUUACUAUAUAAAACUCCGAAAUUAAGAAGACUUUGAGAUUGUGCAGCAGGGGGCAGUAGAGAGCGACAGUGCGCAGAGGAGACGAAGAAGAGUUUGAUUUUCCGCGGCACUGUUUAGGUUUGAAUCGACGCUAACAUUUAAUUUCGCCUGAACUGCAAUGACUCUUGCAGUGGCGAUGGAGAAGAAACCAAACACAGUAAAGCAGACUGCUGCAAAGAUAAAGACAAAAAUUCACAACACGUCAUCGUUCUUCAAGCUCUCUUUGAAAACCAACAACAAGGCCCUUGCCUUGGCUCUGGUCGCCCAGAAACUGAAAUCCAAGCAGUUUGAAACGGAAACAGUGCGCUUACAGAAAGAGCUGCAGAGCCGGAUCUUUGACCUUGCCGUCCAGCGUCAUAAAAAUAAACAAAUGUUUAUGGUUCUGCGUGAGUUCUAUAAUAACUCCAUCAACUGCAUGGCUAAGGCAGUGGACCUUAUUUCCAGAGAAGAGGGUGCUGAGAGCUGGGACACAGAGAUCACUGAAGAUGCUUCUCAGACUGAGAAAGAUUUACCUGCAUUGGUACCUGAGCAGAAAAACCGAACCAGUCUAUCCAACUGUUGGCAGCAGAAGAACGUUCAGGGCCCUGGUGGAAAUGUUUCAAUGGUGAAUGAUGGUCAACAUCAUAGUUCUUCACCUAAACGAGAGGAUAAGCCUCCCAGUUCAGAGAUUGACCAUACAGCACCUCAAAAUACUCUUUACGACUCAGAGAUGGAGAUGACUGUAGUUGACAAUGUCGCUGAAAUUGUCACAGUUCAGACCAAGACAAAGAAAAAUUGUAAGGCUGCUCAGAGAAAAACUAGAGAAAUCAGUGAGUCUUAUUCAGCAAGGAAUAGAGAGCACAUUAUGCUUAAUUAUGAUGAAGCAGCCGUAGAGUCAUCUUGUCUAAAGGAUACAACUGCGAGUACGUCUAUGCAAACGUCCUGCGAAACACAACUCCAAACAAGUACACACACCUUCACUAGCAGCAAUGAAGAGGAGAGUUUGCCUCAGAGAGUGGAGCCUCUGCAGGAGGAGAAAGAAUCAGUCACUGCACGCAGAAAGACUCAUGUCACCUCUCGGAACACAAAAAGCAACAGGCGACUGAAUUCUCAAAAAUACGCUGCAGGACAAACCGAUACAAGGAAAAUUUACGUAAUCUCUCCACAUGAGUCCAGCUUUAUUUGCACCAGUGAUGACUUAGAUGAUUAUUUUAGUGACCAAGAAGUAAAUAAUAUGAGAAGGAGCAAGGAAAUUUUAUCAGAGUUUAAUGUGUCUAAAGACAAAGGCACUGAACAUGAAGCUGAAAUGCUGAAACCCGAGAACAGUGCAAACAGCAGGAAAACAUACGUAAUACAACCACAGUGCAGACAGACUAAAGUGUCAUCUUUCAGUAUGGAUCAAUGUGUAAAGGAGAGUGCUGAAUUAAUUGAUGUUCACACUGAUGACAAGGAAAUCUGGGUCCAUGCAGAAAAAUGUCAAAGCAAACAGUCAACUCAGUCAUUCUCUCAGAAAGAAGAAUGCGAUACACUGAGAAACAGAGGAACAUAUGUGAUCCGUACAGGUCAGGUGUCUGCCUGCAGUGACCUCUUGAAUCAUACAUUAGACAUUCACGCAAAUGUCCCAUCUGGGGAAACAACAAAUGUACUGACUUUGGAAAGCAUACAUGAUGCACCGUGUACCUCAGGAAUGAUUAAGGGGCAGCAAUCAGAGCAAGAGGUGUGUCAUCAACCUGAAAUCCAAAGGUUUUCUAAACAUUCAAGGGCUGUCUGUGAUGAAAAGCUUUUAGAAAAUUCCUCUGAUCGUUCUCCAAUAGAGCACACUAAAGCCAAGAUGCCCAAGACAGUAGAGAUGAAAGAAAGAGAGAAGAAUUUUUCAACAAGAGAAAAUGCAACUAGAAAGAAAAGAAGACACAAGUAUAGCUCUACUCCGAUUGGUGAAAUUUUACCAAAAACAAUUCCAGUACCAGGUGACAAUAUAAAUAAAAACAACAAUUCCACUAACGUAUUAAAGGGGGAAACAGAAGGGUUCAAUUCUUCUGCUCUCGAGGAGGCCUUUAUGGAUGAGCCUGUAAUUAAGACUGGGGAUACAAACAGCGCUCAUGUGAGACACUUUAACCAUAAUGAUGACUUGGAUACGAUUAAUGACGUUGGCAUAAAUUCAAAGGAUGUCAGUCCAAAGCGCCACAGUAUCCAAAACCGCAAGUGCAGAGAAACCUAUGUUGUUUUGUCCAAUUGCAGUUCGCAGGAAAAGGAAAAGGAAAACGUUCUGGUUUUCAGCAGCAAUGAAAAAAGUUUAGUUGCAAAUAGAGAAAGUGGGAUUUCUUUUGUUACAGAUAGGACAUUUGUUCCUCAUCAUGACAGUGACAGCCAGUCAACCCCAAGAAAAGCAGAGCAGCUUAAGCAGAAACAUGGUGGAUUAUUCUCUGAGGACAGGCCUCCAUGGGAAUCCCUCAAUUUUGACUCUUGUGGGAGUUUUACUUAUGACAGUGCUGUCUCUAACAAGAGGGAUUCACAAAAGAUUUCAUCACAAACUCUGGACAUUUAUGAGGAACCUGGGUUGACCGUGUCACACCAAUCUCCAGUUAUAGAUGGGAGGGCAAUGAAGAGCUUAACAAACACAGACUUGACAGCCAAUCCAUUAAGUCGAUCCCGCAGGAGGGCAGCUGCUGUGUCGUACAAGGAGCCGACUCUCAAUUGCAAAAUGAGGCGUGGGGACAAAUUCUCAGACACCAGAUUUUUAAGUUCUCCAGUGUUUAAAGACAAAAAGAAAAACAUGAAGAAAACCACUAAGUAAACCCUCGUACACACUGUGAAUAGAAUUUGUACAUUUAACAUACAGUUAAUCUUUGUUUUGAUUGUAUUUCUUUUUUUUUCUUUUUUUUAAUAUCUCAAUAUAUUUUUGCAUUAGCAUUUUUAUAAUUUAAAUGACCUCUCAUUACAGUGUAAUUUGCAGAACACUUUGUUUAAGUAGCCUAUGAAAUUCCAUCUCUGUAUUGGUUGCUAUGCUACCAAUAAAGUAUUGACGUGCCUGUCAGGUAGUGAAUGAAUAAUUCAGAUAGUGUGUUCACCUGAGAUGUGUACUGUUGCUGCAGAAUAGAGUUGUCUUUGCACCUUAUGUAAUACACUGUACCAAGUGGUUAGAUUGUUUGUUUGUUUUUUUCUUGUUCGUGUUGAACGUGUUCAGGAGCUUUUGGUGAGUUUGACUGUUUUAUUAUUUCAGUCAGAUUAAAAGUCUUUUUUCACCCAGAUUAAA